UGCUGUCCAGGAGGACUCUCGCUCUCUGAGUCUCUUGUCUCUCACUCUUCCCUGUGUGUGUCUCUGACAGCCGGUGGGUCUCUCGUUCUCUCUCAGCCUGUACAUUUUUGUCUCUCUGUCUCUGGUUCUCUCCCACACAGCGUGGGUGUUCUGUGUGUCUCUUCCCCCCGGUGACCUUCUGUGUUUGGGGGUGCGCGUGAGUUUAGUGGGGGCGGUGCAUCCCUGUCUUUCCGCUCUCCCUCCGCCUGGGCCUGUCUCCCCUUCACUGUGUGCGUGUGUCUCUGUCUCUGUCUCUCCCCGCCCCGCCCCGCCUGCCCGGCCAGCCUGUCCGGCAGCAGCGGAUGUGUGAGGGAUGAUUCAGGCUGACAGGAAGCCCUCCGCCCUGCCUGCUGCCCGCCUGCGUCUGUGGUGGUGGCGCUGCUCGGGCAGGUGUGGGCCCAGGAUGAGGUGGCCGCAGUGAGGAGCCGCCGGCCUCAGAAUGGAGCCCCACGCUGCAGCAGACAUGAGCACAGACACGGGGCUGCUGUGGCCUGGGACGGCGCUGCUGCUGCUGCUGCUGGGCGCCGCGGCCGGCCUGUGUGUGCGCUGCUCCCGCCCAGGUGCCAAGAGGCCUGAAAAAAUCUAUGAGCGGAGAAGUCUGCAAGAGAAUCAGCACAGCUUUGCGGUGGCCCGGACCUAUUCCUUGGUCAGACAGCCAUGGCCAGGGCCCCUGAUAGAGGCAUCCCUUGAUGAAAAGGCAACAAGGAAGGACAAGCUGCUGCACUUCUCCCCCAGCCUCGAUGAGUCUGCUUCUCCCAGAUACCAGAACCUCGGCAAAGGAAGUCAGCAGGGAUCAGAUGCAGCCUAUAUGUCUGCUUUCUUGGCCAGAUACCCGAUUGCCACGGACUAUUACAACUGGGGGCAGUUCCCGAAGCCCCCAAAAGAUGACGACGAUACCAACUCCUACGAGAACGUGCUCAUCUGCACGCAGAGGCCCACUGAGUCAGGUGACGAGGAAUCUGAGGAUUAUCAGAACUCAGCAUCUAUCCGUCAGUGGCAGGCUUCCAAGAGGCUUGUGGAGCAAAUCCAGAGAGAAGCACCUCCGUCCCCCACAGGAAGUCCAGAGGAGGACAGCGGGGAACCAGACUAUGUGAACAAGGAUGUGGAAGGCCAGGAAGCCUAGGCAAGACCGGAAGGAAGGAGCCAGGGUGGAGCCUAGACAACCACUGUGCUCACGGAAGAUCUUCCCGAGCCACCUGACAUCUAGGCCCCUGCCACUGCCACUCCUGAAGGGCACCAACACAUCCUGCAGACACCUGGCCACGGACACCGCCUGGGAAAGGACAGUGACAUGUGGACGGGCCAGAGCUGUGGCCCUGCCUGCCGUACCCUCCCCUGACCCAGGCUUCCUUGGGCGGAGCAGGGCAGGCACCUGGUGCUGACACCUCUGCUUCCACCGUGAUGGGAUGCCCAGGGCAUCAAGCAGGCUGUCCCGGUGCACUGCGCAUCGCCGCAGUCACGCCCUUUGCUUUGGAUUUGGAUCGUAAACUGCUCACUCGUGUUGGUUACUAGGGUUCGACUUUUACAAUCUAAGAGCUUGUACAGUUAAUUUAUAUAGGGAAGCCAUAUUUAAUAUUCGGACUUUCAGGGUAGAGGUGUUAUCUAGCUCGUCUCACAAAGCAUUACGUGUAUUUCACUUUGGCACGCAGUGAGAGGGAGCCCUGAUUUCUCCUUGGGCCUCAGGUCACUCAUAAGUGAUUUCUGCUGUGUUCAAAAGCACAUCAGUUCUGAGAAAUGGUGGUUAGCGCAGUGGCCAAGGGCCCAACCAGGAGCAGGGCCCCUCCACUGCCCUGUACAGGCAGGAGUGUGACUGCCUUGUGGGAUGGGUUAAGGUCCGGGGGGCCUUCGGGGUCAGAGAUGAGUCAAGGAACCAAAACACUCCUCUGACUAAGCGUCUAAUAAACCGCUAGUCUGAAAGUC